AUGGCAGAAGGUAAUUUCACACUGGUUACUGAGUUUGUCCUUUUGGGACUUACAGACAGUGCUGAACUGAAAGUGGUCCUCUUCCUGCUAUUCCUGCUGAUCUAUGCUGUUUCCUUGGUGGGAAAUCUAGGAAUGCUCUUUCUGAUCCAAAUAACCUCCAAACUCCAAACCCCCAUGUAUCACUUCCUUAGCUGUCUAUCCUUUGUUGAUGCCUGCUACUCCUCAGUCUUUGCACCCAAAAUGCUGCUGAACUUCUUUGUUGCACGGGAGACAAUCUCUUUCUCUGCGUGCAUCGUGCAGUAUUUCUUUUUUGUCUCACUUCUUACUACCGAGGGCUUCUUGCUGGCAGCAAUGGCUUAUGACCGCUAUAUGGCCAUUGCCAACCCUUUACUUUAUACUAUAGCUAUGACUAAAAUAGUGUGCUUUGUCCUGGUCGCUGGAUCGUGUGUAGGAGGCGUAAUCAACUCACUGACCCACACAAUUUGUUUGCUGAAACUGUCUUUCUGUGGCCCGAAUGUCAUCAGUCAUUUCUUCUGUGACCUUCCCCCGCUGCUGAAGCUGUCAUGUUCUGACACAUCCAUGAAUGAGCUGCUGCUGUUGAUCUUCUCCGGCGUUAUUGCCAUGCUCACCUUCCUGAUAGUGAUGGUCUCCUACGUCUUCAUCAUCGCCGCUAUCCUGAGGAUCCGCUCCUCAGCGGGGAGACACAAAGCCUUCUCUACCUGUGCUUCCCACCUGACAGCAGUGACUUUAUUCUAUGACUCUAUCAGCUUUAGUUAUAUUCAGCCAAGCUCCCAGUAUUCUCUAGAACAAGAGAAGGUGGUAUCUGUGUUUUAUACCCUGGUGAUUCCAAUGUUAAACCCGUUGAUUUACAGCUUAAGGAACAAGGAAGUGAAGGAUGCAGUGAAGAAGGCUUUAGAAAUGAAAUAUUUUUCUUGUUGCGUUCAUAAUAGAUGGGCCCCAAAAUAG